AUGGCGAAUGCCGAAGUGAGUGUCCCUGUGGGUGAUGUGGUGGUUGUACCAAGUGACGGCAACGAAGGGGAGAACCCGGAGGAUACCAAAACCCAAGUGAUCCUGCAGCUCCAGCCGGUGCAGCAAGGGAUUUACCAAGAGAGCUCUGAGGCCAGUGCUGCCGUGGUGGCCGUGGAAACCCACACCAUCCACAAGCUGGAAGAAGGGAUUGACCCCAGCACCAUUGAAACCAGCGAGGAAAUCGAGAUAGCCUAUCCCAUCACCUGUGGGGAGAGCAAAGCCAUCCUGCUCUGGAAGAAGUUUGUCUGUCCAGGAAUUAAUGUCAAGUGUGUGAAGUUCAAUGACCAACUGAUCAGCCCAAAGCACUUUGUUCACCUGGCUGGGAAGUCCACCCUGAAGGACUGGAAGAGAGCCAUUCGCCUUGGAGGAAUCAUGCUGAGGAAGAUGAUGGAUUCAGGCCAGAUUGACUUCUACCAACACGACAAAGUUUGCACCAACACCUGUCGGAGCACCAAGUUCGACCUGCUGAUCAGCAGUGCCCGAGCGCCCGUGCCAGGGCAGCAGAGUGUGGUGCAGACUCCAACCUCAGCUGACGGGAGCAUCACCCAGAUUGCUCUGUCAGAGGAAAGCAUGGAGGAGGGCAUCGAGUGGAACUCAGCCCUGACAGCUGCUGUCACCAUGGCCACUGAGGAAGGCAUGAAAAAGGACACAGAUGAGAUCUCAGAGGACACACUGAUGUUCUGGAAAGGCAUAGCUGAUGUGGGGCUGAUGGAAGAGGUGGUGUGCAACAUCCAGAAGGAGAUAGAAGAAGUCCUAAGAGGUGUGCAGCAGCGGUUGGGUCAGUCUCCCUUCCAGAUGACAGAUGCUGCAGUCCUGAACAAUGUUGCUCACACAUUUGGCCUAAUGGACACAGUCAAGAAGGUUCUGGACAACAGGAAAAACCAGACAGAGCAAGGAGAGGAACAGUUCCUUUACACACUGGCAGACCUGGAACGGCAGCUAGAAGAGCAGAAGAAACUUGCCAGGGACCAGAAGGCCAAGUCCCAAACCAUCCAGAACGUGGUGCUGAUGCCUGUCAGUGCUCCCAAGCCCCCCAAGAGGCCCCGUCUGCAGCGACCAGCCUCGGCCACCGUGCUCAGCCCCUCCACCCCCAUCCAGCAGCCCCAGUUCACCGUCAUCUCCCCCAUUGCCAUCGCUCCUGUUGGACAGCAGUUCUCCGUGGGCAACAUCCCCGUGGCAACCAUCAGCCAAGGCUCCAGCCCAGUGACUGUUCACACCUUGCCAUCUGACACGGUCACCCUGCACCCGUCCUCCAGCCUGGCGCUGCUCAGCUCGGCAGCCAUGCAGGACAGUGGGGCCUUGGCCAACGUGGCAACUGUGGUCAACCCUGUGGAACUGGUGGCCAUGGAGUCUGGGCUCACCUCCACCAUCCAGGCCGUGGAGGGCACCGCGGAUGAUGGUCAGACCAUCAUAGAGAUCGACCCGGCGCCAGAUCCUGAGGCAGACACGGAUGAGUCGGAGGGCAAAGCUGUGAUCCUGGAGACAGAGCUCAGGACUGAGGAGAAAGUGGUGGGAGAUGUGGAGGACCAUCAGCACCAGGUCCAUAACGUGGAGAUUGUGGUCUUGGAGGACUAAUGGGGAAAGCAAACGUCAAGUUUGGGGAAGAGUUGGGAAUUUGGUUUAUUUCAGGCUUUUUUGUUAAGCAUCUUUUCCAGCCACCCAAAUUUGUUUCCAUGGAUAUUUUCAUUGUACUGUAUAUAAUAUAUA